AUGGAGGAGAUGAGGAAACGAGCGGCUAAGUUCAUACAGAUGGAAGAUAUGCAAGAGUUUAGGGUGAAGAAGAGGGAGAAGGAAGAUGCAGCAUCCCAGAAGAGUACCCCCCGACCGAGCAAACCCCUGGCCCGGCCCAACGAGAAGAAGACACAUAAGUUUACAACGUAUACCCCAUUGGCCGUUUCCCGGGCAAAGAUCUUGCAGGAGGCCUUCAACACUGACUCACUUCCUGCGGCCAGGAAGAAGCCCCCACCUCCCGACGCCGAUGGCAGCAAGCACUGUCAAUACCAUCGGACGAUCGGCCAUACCACCGAAGAAUGCCACACACUCCGCGACAAGAUUGAGGAGCUAAUUCGGCAAGGGCAUUUGAAGAAGUACAUUCAACAAGAUCGCCCCCAACGAAGCCCGAUCGGAGACAGGAGCCCUGCACGGAGGCGAGCCCCGGCCAGGUGGGGGAAGCGGAGAGAGCCGGAGCCCGAGAGGCGAGAAAGGGAACCAUCCAGGACCCACCGAAGCCUGAGGAGGAGUCGCAGCCGGAGCAGGGACAAACCCCUGAGGGGUUAUAUCAAUACCAUCUCCGGAGGAUUCGCCGGAGGAGGAUCGAGCUCAUCCGCUCAUAAGAGGCACGUUCGAGCGCUAAAAUCAAUUCAUCUGGUAGAGAAGAAGGUGCGGUCGAUGCCUCCCAUCACUUUCACCGAUGAGGAUUUCAAGGCUCCUGAUCCUGAUCACGAUGAUCCAAUGGUCAUCUCCAUUGAGGUAGCCGAAUAUGGAAUCGGGAAGGUGCUGGUGGACCAGGGGAGCUCCGUCAACAUCUUGUACUGA